AUGCUGGCCGAGUUCACACUCGGCGGCGGCGCCAACGACUUCUACGACGUGCGCAACGUCGAUGGCUUCAACCUACCCGUGGACAUCGAGCCCGCGGCCGGCGCCGGCGGGCGGUCCAGCGGACAUCAACCGGGUGUGCUCGAGCGAGAUGGCGGCGAGGAACGGCGGCGGCCCGGUGGUGGGUUGCAAGAGCGCAUGCCUUGCGUUCGGAACGGACUAGUACUGCCGCGGCCGGCGGUUCGCAUCGUCGGCGACAUGCAGGCCGAGCGGGUACUAGGGGCUGUUCAAGGUGCAGUGCCCGCAGGCCUACAGCUAUGCCCACGACGGAGCAGCACCUUCACCUGCAACGACGGCGCGGACUACCUGGUCACCUUCUGCCCGAGCGCCGGGAUGAGCUAG